UCCACCAACCAGUUGGUUUAAACCCAAAGAAUUAGAGAAGCCAUGAACAACGAAAUCCAAAUUCGAAUUCGAAUCCAAAUCCUCUUGUUUCUUUCUUUUACAUUUCUCCAAAUACUUCCCAUUUUUACACAAGAAUUUGCAUGUGACAAUAGAGCUUCAGCAACUAGCCAAUUUCCUUUCUGCAACACUUCCCUUCCUUAUGAGACGCGAGCCAAGGACCUCGUGUCGCGCCUUACGCUCCAAGAAAAGGUGAUACAGCUAGUAGAUAAGAGCACAGGCAUUGCUCGACUAGGUGUGCCAGCGUAUGAGUGGUGGUCCGAGGCACUUCAUGGCGUGUCUAAUGUUGGCCCGGGAACUAGUUUUAAUGGCACAGUGCCUGGUGCCACUAGUUUCCCAGCGGUGAUUCUAUCCGCUGCUAGUUUUAACCAAUCACUGUGGCUAAAGAUGGGCCAGGUUGUGUCAACUGAGGCUAGGGCCAUGUACAAUGUUGGCCUAGCCGGGUUGACAUACUGGAGUCCUAAUGUUAAUGUGUUCCGCGACCCUAGAUGGGGUCGCGGACAAGAAACACCUGGCGAAGACCCUCUGGUGGUGUCAGAUUACGCGGUGAAUUAUGUCCGCGGUCUGCAAGAAGUGAGUGAAGGGAAUAAGACUGGUGGUGAUAGGCUGAAGGUCUCAAGCUGCUGCAAGCAUUACACUGCUUAUGAUGUGGAUAAUUGGAAAGGAGUUGAUCGAUUUCACUUUGAUGCACAGGUGACAGAGCAGGACAUGGAGGAUACAUAUCAGCCACCAUUCAAAAGUUGUGUACAGGAGGGCCAUGUAAGCAGUGUGAUGUGUUCAUACAAUCGUGUCAACGGCGUUCCAACGUGCGCUGACCCGAACCUCCUCCAAGGGGUAGUUAGAGGUCAAUGGGGUCUAGACGGAUAUAUCGUUUCAGAUUGCGACUCCAUCGAAGUUUAUUACAAUGACAUCCAUUAUACUGCAACACCUGAGGAUGCAGUAGCCCUUGCCUUGAAAGCAGGUUUAAACAUGAAUUGUGGAGAUUUUCUAGGAUUAUACACAGAGAAUGCAGUGAGCUCAAAAAAAGUUGAAGAAUCUGUGGUAGAUCAGUCCUUGAUAUACAACUACAUAGUCCUGAUGAGGCUAGGCUUCUUUGAUGGUGACCCAACAUUGCUCCAAUUCGGAAAGCUUGGCCCGUCUGAUGUGUGCACCAAGGAUCAUAAAAUGUUGGCACUUGAUGCUGCUAAGCAGGGCAUAGUUUUGCUUGACAACAAGGGAGGAGCUCUUCCAUUGUCUAAAAAUAUAAAAAGCUUGGCUAUUAUUGGACCUAAUGCAAAUGCCACCACUGUUAUGAUAAGCAACUAUGCUGGCAUACCAUGUAGCUACACUAGCCCUUUACAAGGAGUACAGAAGUAUGUCCCUGCCGUGAAAUAUGCCCCGGGCUGCAACAAUGUGAAAUGUGCCGAUGAGAGCCUCAUUGGGGCUGCGGCUCAGGCCUCCGCCACAGCUGAUGCAGUGGUGGUGGUAGUGGGACUUGAUCAGUCCAUUGAAGCUGAGGGGCUUGACAGAGAGAACUUGACAUUGCCAGGGUUUCAGGAAAAGCUUGUGAACCAAGUGGUUAGUGCAGCAAAAGGAAAGGUCAUUCUGGUAAUUAUGGCAGCUGGCCCAAUUGAUGUUUCUUUUGCCAAAAGUUUGAGCAAAAUUGGGGGGAUUCUAUGGGGGUAUCCAGGUCAAGCUGGAGGAGAUGCCAUUGCUGAAGUCAUAUUUGGGGACCACAAUCCAGCUGGAAGAUCUCCUUUUACAUGGUACCCAAAGGAAUAUGCAGAUCAAGUGGCAAUGACAGACAUGAACAUGAGAGCCAACACAAGCAGAAACUUCCCAGGGAGAACAUACAGAUUCUACACUGGAAAAACCGUCUAUGAGUUUGGUCAUGGUCUAAGCUAUUCAAAUUUCACCAAGUUCAUAAAGUCUGCACCAUCCUCAGUACUCAUUCCCUCAACCCCAACUCAUCAUGUUAACCUUCUACUUUCCAACUCCACCACUCAACUGGACUCAGACCCUAACUCCGAAGGCAAACUAGUUGAUGUAUCAAAAGUACAUUGCGCGAAAUUAAAUUUUAACCUUGUUGUCGGCGUGAAGAACAACGGGCCAAGGGACGGGGGUCAUGUGGUGCUCGUGUUUUGGGAACCGGCAAGCUCAGGGAGGGUGAUGGGAGCACCAAAGUUGCAGCUGGUGGAAUUUAAAAGGGUGGAGGUGAAGAAUGGAGAGACAAAGUAUGUGACAAUUGGGGUGGAUGUGUGCAAGAGAAUGAGCCUUGUGGAUAGUGAAGGAAAGAGGAAGUUGGUAACUGGAAAACACACAAUUGUGGUUGGUUCUCCUAGUGAGCGCCAAGUGAAGCACAUUGUCGAUGUCAAGGUGGCUGGAAAAGCAGAAUUGAGGGAGGCCUUUUAACUUUAUUAUGACAGCAGCAACUAAGCUAUGAGCUAUGAUUAUGCGCAGAAUAAUCAUCCAUGGUAGUAAGCAUUAUGAUAGAGACUUGUUAUUCAAAGGGUUUAAAGCAAAUAUAAUGUUUAACCAUAUAUAAUUUAUAGAAAAAGAAAUAAAAUAAAAGGGUUUGUAUUAGUUUUUGGAAAGUGCUUGAUCGAUAGCCGUCGAUGAAUAUGAAUUCUACAAUUACCCACGUGCC